AUUAUGGUGAGAAUGUAUGUAAAUAUUUGAGCAGGUAUGUAUAAUAAAAAUUAAUACAAACUUCUGCACCUAGAUCUUGUUUUCAUAAAUCAGUAAAGUUACUGAUGAAUAACUAUUCCACCCUGGAAAAAGAACCUUUUAAAUUAAUUAAUCAACAAGCCCAAAAUAAUGAUGGGUGACUUCUGACAGCCGCUGUGUUAAGUCUUUAUUCAACUCUUCUUAUUAUCUCACAAAAUAAUAAUAAAGAUGUAAAACUAAAAUGUUUACUUUUAGAACCAAUUGAUAUCCUAAAUACAAGAUCUAGAAAAAGGAGAGACACUGAAGAAGAUGAUGAGAAUAAUGCUGAUGCCCUUCCUCGAAUCCCAAAUCCCAUCGCCUGCCUUUCCUCGGGUGACAUGCUCGUUUUUCAUCUCACUGUCAACCACACUGACCGCCUUCUCAGCCAUUUCCCAGUGUACCAGAAGGACCACCUGUUUAACAGUAACCCAAGCUGGGACUUUGGGGCCUUCAGACAUCUGCAGAUCCUGAUGAAACAAACACAUUUCAACUCUUCAAUGUUUGCCCAUGUUUUUUCCGAAGCAGGAAAGUAUGUGUUUGUGGACAGUGUCGUCCCUCAGCGGAGUAUGGUUGUGGUGGUCAGUGAGGAGGGCACAGAAUGUGACAGCAGGACUGCCGCGUUUCAACCCAUGACUCCAGCACACUUAGUCAAGUAUGGGGUUGUGAAACAUCACCGGCUCAACCUUCUUCCUGAUUGGGGACUCAUUGUUGGGAUCUUGAGUCUGCUGUUGGUCCUGGUUGUAGUCCUGACAACAACCGUGCUGGUUCUACGACCCAGCAAAUCAAAGCUCGUCCCCCACUGGAAGAUAAGGCCAAAGUGGCGCAGCCUUGGAGAGCCCUUCUGCCCAGCCGAGUGUGUUUGCAGCAGUGAAAGCAUAACUGUCCAGAGUCAAGGUGGCAUUCUUGGCAUUCGAGGUGUAGGUGAGGGAGCAGAAGAGGAGGAGCCUGCAGUCUCAAAGGGAGGAAGCGUGUCAGGCUGCUUUGAUCUGGAGGAGUUCAAUGUGAAGACACUUUAUGACAAAUUAGAGGACCAAAACCUCCACAUCGCCGCCCAGCUGGCCAGACAUCGCAAAGACAUGCAGGAAUUUUACAGGAAUAUCUGCAAACAAGCUGAAUCACUGAAGGAUAUAUUUGAAAAUAUGGAUUAUAAAAACUUGCAUCUCCUUAAAGAGAUUCAAGUCCAUGAUGUGAUGAAGGAUAGACCAUCACACAUUAAUAUGGGAGAGAGAGACAAUCAAGCUGAGAACUCUGUGUCAUUACUGGGAGCUGUUCUUAGAUCAGUUGAAGCUCUCUUGUGCAAGCUGACAGGAGAAACUUGGAAAAACCAGGAUCUGCAUGGUCUUCCAUGUUGCCAUGGUUCAAAAGAUUGUGAGGCUCAGGUUGGAUAUAUGCAACCCGGUGACACCAAUAUGUGUUUUGCACAGUUUUCAUCAGUGUCUAUGAAUAAAGGAGAAGCUCUUUCUCAUGAGACAGACUGUGCACAGACCACAGCUCCUUAUCUCAGUGAUGACGAUCUGUCCAAAUUGGUCACCAUAUCUCCUUUGUUCAAAACUCUGCAAGAGAUUCAGCAGUCCUUACAGCAGCUCACCACAGAUGAGUCACAUCAACAUCCCUGCAAUGCAGAAAUGGGGCCUUCUGUCCAAGAGAACCACAAUGAACAUCUAAUUCCAAUUGCACUGGACAACCUGUCUCCACAGCACUCAGCUAUUUACCUGUUUGGUUGUCACGUGAUGCAGUUGCUUGCAGAGUCACCGAUGUUCCCCUCUGUUCUUCUUUUACUGGCGAAGUCAGUUCCCUUUUGCUCAGCUCCCUCUAACGAGAAUCUCCUGGCCCAUUGCACAGGGGACUUCUAUUUUGAUCCAACCAAUCAAAUCCUUUAUCUGUGCGAGCCAAAGCUUCAUCAUGUGGGACACUUUAUUGCUGUCAUCCUGCAGUCCAUGGCCUACAUAGUAGGAGGAUCCAAACCCCAGAGGUUUCUGCAAGCACUACAUGAGGCCAUUUCAACUGUAAGCCUUCAGCUGUUCAACCUUUCUUUUAAAUGGAGCUCGGCCGAGCCUAAUUUUGAUGCAUUAGAUGGGCGGCAUGGUGCAUUAGUGGAGCAAUUUCUCAAUAUCAGAGUUCCCUCUGAAGCACGCUUCACUGAGCACCUAUUAGCCAGAAGACUUGAGAGAUAUAAGUAUUUUAAACUGGAGGAUCUCAUCUGCAACCUCAAACAAAGAUCAACUCCAAAUACAGGUUUACCACCAAAUGGGACACCAGUGCAGAUGUCAUGUGUAGAGGAAGAAAUUGACCGUAUGAGCGAAUCCUUCCUGCAGCUAAGCAUGCAACUGCAGAGAAGAGGUCAAAUAAGCACAAUGCUAAAGCAGAGAGAUAGCAGUGCUGAAGAUCAGCGGGAAACAUCAACAAACACGCCAAGUCUGAGUCGUAACGGAACAAUCCUGUUGGAGCUGAAGAGAUGUUAUGUAUCACAGCGCCUCAAUGAGCUGCAAGCCACAUUAGGCCAAAUGAGACGGUGCCAGUUGCAUGACGGGAAGCUGAAAGAAGGAACAAGAGGCCGUAAAAAAAGUGAUGUUGGCUCCGAUCAGCGCAGAGAAAAGGAACAUAAUCCUGCCACGGAUUGCUGCAGUCCUGCCGACCACCAUCGGCUGUCCACCCUUUCAGCUGGUCAGAAGCACAGCCCACGCAGCCCAGAGAGCAGAGCUCUUUCAGGUUCUAAAAUGGAAAGUCAUGAUUCUGACCACCAGAGGAGCAGCUAUGUUCACACCAACAAUCCUGACACAUUAAUGGACCAAAAUAUCCAGACAAAAGAUUAGGUCCAUAAAAACUGGCCUAGGAAUCUUAGAGCCGAAUAGUCAAACCAAAGGGAAAAAGGGAAAAGGACAAAAUUAUUACUAUCAUGUAUUUAAUGUUUUGUUUUCCUUUCAAUUGGCAAUGUCACAUUCCUAUUUUUGACUCUCUGAGACUUCUUUUACAGUUACAUUUGGCCUAUAAUUGCUUUUUAGCUAAUCUUUGUACAAGAUAAUACUCUGUUUUGUUUGUUAAAGUGUGAUUCUAGUUCUGCUGUGCUCUGUCAACUUUCCAGAGAUAACGGACAGAAAUAUAUUCUGACAGUGAGCUGCAGUAUGACAAUCUGUAAUCUGGUCCACAUAGUUUGUCUGUCAGGAGUUAAUAAAGGGAGUGGCUUUAGGCCGUUAGAACUGCCUAUGUUAAUUAUAAGAGUCAAAUUCAAAUGAUAAACUUAAGAUUAAUGAUAA